CGUGCGAUUGUAAACGAGGUGGGAUUCUCGACAUCUUAACCCCUCAGUUAUUCCCUUCUUGGACACAAAAUCCAUUAUCAUCACCCUGAUACAGCACGGCGUAUUCCCGCAUUUCACUCGUCACCAGCGACGGAAGGUCCCAAGAUCAACCUCGAGACUUGCCGGCUUUCAUUAUUAUGGGCGACAAGCCGAAAUCACCAUCCAAGUCGCCGUCUCCUCCGGCCGCUGACAGCAGCGCCGAGCCAGUCUCAGAUCCGCUCCGGCUGCAGGCGGCUGAGGAAGAUGCCGAGGCAGGCUCAUCGGAUCUGGACUCCAUCUUUGGAGAGAGCAACUCGAGCUCAACCACAUCCAUCAACUCUACAAUCUUGGAGUACCGUAGGCUGCAUGGGCGGACCUACCAAAACUUCAAGGAUGCAGAAUACUGGGGCCCAAAUGACGACCGGCAGAACGAGGGCCUGGAUAUGGCCCACCACAUGAUGUAUGUCGCAUUCAACAACAAGCUGCAUCUCGCACCCCUCGAGAACCCGCAGAAGGUGCUGGAUCUGGGGACUGGGACCGGUAUCUGGGCAAUCGACUUCGCCGACCAACACCCUUCAGCUGAGGUGAUCGGCACCGAUCUCUCGCCCAUCCAACCGGUCUGGGUGCCGCCCAACUGCAAAUUCGAGCUUGACAACUGCGAGGACUAUCCCUGGACGUACCCGGACGACACGUUCGACUACAUCCACAUCCGGGGAUUGGUCGGCUGUGUCCGUGACUGGGAGCGGCUGUACGCCGAGUGCCUGCGCUGCCUCAAGCCGGGCGGCUGGCUCGAGCAGCAGGAGUUUGCCCUGCCCAUCGCCGGCAACGACGCCCCGCUGCCUGAUGACUGUGUAUGGCACGACUGGGGCGCCGUCUUCCGCGAGGCGGGCCGCAAGAUGGGGCGCUCGUUCGAGGUGACCGACCACUGGGAAGGCUGGCUGCGCGGCGCCGGAUUCACGGGCACCCUGCACACCAGCUCGGUCCGGCUGCCCAUCGGCGGGUGGGCGGCGGAUUCCCGGUGGAAGGAGGUCGGCCUGUUCAACCGGCUGAGUCUCGAGCAAGGGCUCGAGGGCUUCGCCACGUAUAUUUGCACCCAGGUCCUCGGCUGGCGGCCCGACGAAGUCACGGUUCUGCUCGCGAAGGUGCGCCAGGCCAUCAAGAACCCGUCGUAUCACGCCUAUUAUCCCUUAAAAACCGUAUAUACGCAGAAGCCACUCGCUUCUGAGUGAUGGAUACCUUGUCUACCUAAUAUUCGGGUUGUCUGAGUGGAUUUGAUUAUGUGCAAGCCCUUGGACGAGGUUCACUUGUGUCGCAGUCACCACGUAGUACUGGGUCGCACGUCUACAACAAUCGCAAUCCCGCGUUCUAGAUCUCUUUUGCCGGUCCUGCCGGAGCUAGCGUUGAAAUUCAUGGGAGAGGAAGUAAACGGAUGGUCUUAUGGCAUUGUCGGCGCUUCAGCUAUGACAACUUAAAGCGGGAAGUUGUAGAUACAUGGUAUCAACCCUAUAGCAUCCUCAUCUGUCAGCCCACUCAAUGCCUUUGUAUCGGAGACCCCACUUUG